AUGUUCAGCCCAGAUCUAUCCGCAAUUCAGGCGUAUCUACUACUGUGCAUCUGGCCGAUUCCAGUCGACACGUUCGGGAAGGAAAUCUCCACGACACUGAGUAGUCUGAUGUUACAAUUCUCGAUGAACAAAGGUCUACAUAUCCGAGGCGUGGGUCAGGACUUCUCGCGCGUCACCUUGAAUCCGGAACCAUCUCUUGAAGUAUUGCGAGCCAAACUCUGGAUCUCAUGCUUGAUCACAGCACAAAGGCUGAGCUGUGCCUACGGACUGCCGCCUCCGAUCAUCAUCGAUACAUUCGAUGACCAAAUCGAUGAUCUCCCACAUGGCCUGCUCUACGAGAGGAAGGUAUCUCAGCUUUUGGCAACCGCGACUGUCGAGCUUGGUCGGAUGGCUCUCCAAGCUAGCCCCAGCAGUGCGAGCGAUCUUCGCUCACUGGUGUCUGUUUACACCGGUCAGAUGUCUCAGCUGUCCACAUUGGAGCACGACGAUAUGGGUCACUACCAUUUCCUCAGCGCCCUCUUACAAAUUCAAAGCUUCAAUAUCUUCAUCGGCCAGGCCCAGGCGGAUCCUGUUGCUCUCAUUAAGUUAUACAGUACAGCAUGCAGCGUGAUCGAGAAGAUCUUAGAGCUCGAUGACCGAAUACAGCUCAGCCAGUGUGCUUCCGAUUACACCGGCAGGAUGAUCUAUCUAGCAUCAAGCAUCAUUCUCCGGAUGUAUAGAGGCCGUCUGAAGAGGGAUAUCGAUCUCGGCAGGGGUCAAUUAGCAUAUCAGUCAGCCAUCAAUCUCUUCCGCAAGAUGUCCAUUCACAAAGACGACGUGAUGGCGCGAUCAACCGUCAUCAUAACGCAACUCUGGAACAGUAGCACGAUUUUCAAUCAGCCAGACGGAACGAGUGACAGCUUCUCAAUGCUUUGUCGCAGUCGAUUGACUAUGAGCAGCGUCUUCGACGUGUGGUGGCGAUGGCGGGAGGAGUUUGCUGGGCAGCCGCAUCCAUACCCUGAGGCUCAAAGCCCAACCAGUCAAAGAAGUCGCGAGCAUGCGAUCCGAUCUUCCAACGACAUGCUGCCUAUCGCACUGACUCCAGGUCCGCCUUUCGAGAUCAGACCCGAGGAUGACUGGGGAGCUCUGUUCGACCUCCCAGCUGAGAGUUGGGAUCUUUUCAAUCUUGACAAUGACCAUGCAAUAGGCUUCGAUGACUACCCGAUGCCAUUGCCUACACUGUAG